AUGCUCCCAACCGAUUCCAGCGCACCCUCACUGAAUGGACAUCUUACCUCCGUCGCUACCGAUUCCAGCGCACCCUCACUGAAUGGACAUGUUACCUCCGUUGCUACCGAUUCCAGCGCACCCUCACUCAAUGGACAUCUUGUGUAUGUCCGUAGAAAAUCAGAAGGAGAGACCUCCAAAAUUACAACUGUUAAUGCUUCUUGUCCACUUUAUUGUCAAGAGGAGAUUGCCCCUAAGCUUUCUUCUUUCCCACCAUUUUCACCUUUUCCUAUGCCAUCUACAAACCCUUCCAUUCCUUCUAAGGUUUUUAAAUAUCUGCUUUGGGAGGAGCGUUAUCAACACUUGCUGGCCUUUUUAAGGAUAUUGGACCAAUCUGACCAAGCCGACUACAUCCAAAUGCUUCAAUCUCUCUCUUCCGUUGAACUUAGCAGACAUGCUGUUGAGUUAGAGAAGAGAUCAAUCCAGCUUUCACUUGAGGAAGCUAAAGAAUUACAACGAGUUGCUGCUUUAAACGUGUUGGGGAAAUCAGUCAACAACUUCAAAGCACCAGCGGAUCAUGCCGAGUGUUCAGACAAGUUGAAGACAUUCACAUGA